UGCACAGGGACAAGCACAAAGGGAACAGCCAGUGUGAGGAGGCCCUGGUGUGGGUCAGCACCAUGUGCCAGGUCACCAGGAUGGGUGGGCUGGAGCCAGCCAGAUGUGAUGCUCUGCAUGGGGCCUGGUGGCUCCAACACCAUCCCUUCUCCUUUUUACAUGUUUAGACCUUUGUUUUGUUUUGUUUUGUUUUCGUUCUUUUUUUUUAAUUAUUAUUUUUUGCCACAGUAGAUAAAGCCACGUUCAUCCAGUGCCUGUUUCCACUGUUCUCUGUCGGACACAGCAUGGAUGUGAUGGGAGAGCCAUACUCUGGUGGGGGGUACACACAUCUGUCUGACCCCUGUCACCUCUUUGAUCAUGUCCUGCAGGGCCAAGAGGACAAGGGGACAGGGAAUGUAUGAUGACCCACCUUUAAGGGGAAGGAGGCCCCUGAGAUUCCUCAAUGCUCAAGGUCGAAAGGAAUGUCAAAAGUCAGGGUUUGCAAGUAAUCAGAAAGUUUCAUUAGUAAAUUACACACUUGGCAUAGAAAUUGCAGGGUACCUUUUCAUGGAUAGGUUUCCCCAGCCUGAAGAUGGAUUUCUCAUUUUCUAUGCAGAUUAGUUACCAUGCGCAAUUUGUUCUUUCAGGUCUUCCUGGAAAUGGGUCAGAGGGGUUUAGGGGUCUUUGGUCAUCUUAAUCCUACCCUAUAGUCCAUGCCCACUUCCUGCCACUCAUCCCUGUGCUUAUGCUGUGCUGUCUUGUGCUUAUCAGCAGGAACUACAACAAGGAUGUUUCUCCACCUUGCCUCCCUCUUCAGCCAUAUCUUUUUCUUUCUCAUGGCGUGUUAAUAUCAACAGUCCUUGCUUACUGCCAACAGUCCUUGCUUGAUUCCGCAGCCAUCCAGUUAUCUGUGUUUGAGACACACACAUUAGCUCUCCUAUGUUCUGGGAAUAGAAUGCUCAGUGAGACUUACUUUGGACUGCGGUUUAUAGGGUCAUUAGAGAGUGGACUUGAGUAUGCAUUAGCCCUUUAUAACUGAGAGCUCAAAAGGUCUCACUUUGGAUUGCUGUCUAGAAGGACUCAAGAGAGUAGGCUUUAGUCAUGGUAAUUUUCCGUCCUGGCCACAAUUUGAGUUGGUUGAAGGUUCAACAGCAAAAAUACUGUUUGACUUGGGUUGUUACUCAGGCAAGAAAAAUAAGUUUCCGAGUCUGUUCAUUAAAAAACAGAUGCUCGAUAAACAUCUGUUAGUUCCUUGGAACAGAUUAUAUCCAGUAAGCUCAAGAGGGGCUUAGUCUGGGUGCUCUUUGUGAAGGCCAAGGCCUAACAAGCAUUUCUCAGGUCUUGGUGGGGCCUGGGCAGUGGUAGGGACAUGAGCCACCACCAUCCAGUCCACGACUAAACUUAUCCGGGCCUCUACAGGAUGAAAUAGGGCUGUGGCCACUGGGACAAGCGCAGGACCCCCCAAGUGAGACGAGGCCCCACUAGUAGGUCUGACAGGUUUGGGGGCUGGUGAGGACUCCUGCCUAGCCGGCACUGCAGGACAGAGUGGGCUGUCUGCACGUGACAUACCGCCAGAGUCCCCCCCGUGUCCCCUGACUCACUGUGGGCUCCAGUACUCCGUGUGGCCCCACACAACCCCCUCCACGUGUCACACAACCUCCCCUCAUGUGUCCUCACCUCUGACUGGGGACUCGAGACCCGCACUCCCGCACACCCCCGUGUUCCCAUCUGUGUCACUACACCUUCACGGGUGGGCCCUGCCUGUGUUCCCCUUGGCCCCAGGCAGCCCUAUAACCUCCCCCCUCCCCCGACACUAGAGCUUCCCUCGCUUGGGCUAUUGCGUGUGUCCCCCGGGUAGCCCACGGCCCCGCGUGCGUGCCGGGGCCCGGCAGGGCGCCCUCCGCCGCAGUCCGGUGUGAGUGCCGGACCCCGCGGUCCGCCCGCCCGCGUGACGCCCCCGGCCCGGCGGUGCCCAAUGGGCAGCAGCGAGGGCGGGCGCUGCCGUUCGAAUAAGAGCGGCCGCCGCCGUUCGAGUACGCGCGGCCGUGGUCCGCGCCCUGACGGCUUCGGUGGUGUAGAGGGCCGUCAGUACGGGCUGGAGCCCCGGUGACGCUGAAGAAGGACACGAUCCCCAGCUACGAUCACGGUACGGGGAAAGCUGAGAUCACCCGCGGGGCGGGCCCCGGUGGUUCCUCGGCGGGGGCCCAGGGCCGCAGAGCGCGGCUGUGCCAGAGGUGGGCAAGGCGCGGAACCCUCGGGCGGGCGGGGCACGCCUGUGGCAUUGCCUCCGUCUCGGGCCAAGCUCAGCUGCGUCCCCGACCCUAAGGACGGGGCGGUCGCGGCUGGAGCGCUGAGGCUCGGGGCUUUCUUCGUUUCUCGGGGCUUGGCAAAGUCGGAACCUUCGCCAGCGGCAGUCGGCGGCCGCGUUCCUUGCGAGUUCCUCUGCUGCCCCCAGCGCCGGUUUGAAAGAACCUUCUCCUUGUGCCCUUCCUGUGCCGUGCUCGGGGCAGCCCCAUCCUGCGGCCCUGAUCCUCCUCAGGCAGCCCGGGCGCUGCGGAGAUGACUUCCGAGAGUCUCCGGAACAGCAGCGAGGGGUCUGGGCAGGAACCUAACAGACUGGCCACAAUGUCUGUUCAUGGCGCAAGGGUUGCUGCUCUCCUUGCUUGGGUGAACAGCACAAAGAUUUGUCCUGAUCCCCUCAGUGAUCUAUCCCAGCUCCAGGACUGUAGUGUCUUCAUCAGAAUUAUCCACAAAAUCCACGGGAGCAAGGAGGGGGAGUCCGUGCUGGAGCAGCCACUGCCAGAGAGGAUCUCCUUCAUCCAUGGUUUCCUGCAGAAGCACUGCCGGCACAAAUUGGCUGCAGAAAACCUUGUCUCUGCACAGAAACUCCUGGAUGGAGAGGAGCUGGCUCUGGCCAAGGUGGCCGUGCUGCUCCUGUAUCACACCGCCAUGAGUUCCAAGAACUCUGGGGACUGGAAGGAAUUUGACUACAAGACCCAGGUUGAACUAGCAUCAAUUGUCAAAUUUGUGCUGGAUAACGAGGAGUGCCUGAAUGAGAAUCUGGAGUCUUUUCUGCAGAGGAAAACAGAGGCAUCCUUGUCCAGUGUGUUCAGCAGCAGCUCUGAGGAGCAUUCCCCACUGGUCUCUCUCCCGCACAAGCGAGAGGUGCAUUUCCUGGAGCUGCAGAGGAUUGCCUCCUUCCCCAGCACCAACCUGCCCAGCACUCCAUCUUCGCCCAUGGGGGACAUCAUGCAGACCCCCCAGUUUCAGCUGCGGCGGCUGAAGGAGCAGCUGGCUUUUGAGAGAAAGAAACAGGAGGAGUUGGAGGAGGAGGUGGUGGAGAAUCACAAGCUCAUCAUGGAGAAGGAUGCUCAGAUCACCACAAUGCAGCAGCGGAUUGAUCGCUUGGUAAAGCUCAGUGAGAAGCAAACUGAAGACCGGCUGGAGCCCAAAGAAAUGGAGGAGCUGAGGGAGAAGAAUGAGAGCCUGGUGGGGCGCCUGCACGAGGCCUUCAGGCAGUGCCAGGACCUGAAGACUGAAAAAGCCCAGAUGGACCGAAAAAUCAACCAGCUCUCCGAGGAGAAUGGGGAUCUUUCCUUCAAGCUGCGGGAGAUUGCCAGCAAUAUGGUCCAGCUGCAACGAGCCCUGAAUGAGCUCUCAGAGGAGCACAACACUGCCAUGGCACAGUCGCAGGAAAAGCAGCGACAGCUGGAGAAGGAGUUGCAUGCAGCCCUGCAGGAUAAGAAAUGCUCAGAAGAGAAAAUCGAGAUUCUACAGGGAAAGAUUUCUGUGCUGGAGGACCAGUUGGCCAAGCUGGAGGAGUGCAGCACCCAGGAGAAGGGAGAAGUCAUGGGGGACAUUUUGAAGUCAGACCCAAUACAGUCUCCCUGCUCUUCUGUUUGCCAGCUGGAGGAGCUGAAGCAGGAAGUUUCCAGCCUCACCGCCAAAGGACUGGAGCUGGAGGAGGAGAAGCGGCAGCUGGCCAGCCUUGUCACCAGCCUCCAGAACUCCCUCUCUGAGAGCCACUGGGCCCAAGAGAGACUGAAGCGAGACCUGCCGGCACAGGCUGCCGAGGGCCACGCUGAGCGGCUGGCUGCCCUCAGCGUCCAGCAUGAGCAGGCCCUGAGGGAAAGGGACUCUGCCCUGCAGCAGCUCCAGCAGGCCAACACAUCCCUUCGCAGCCAGCUGCAGACUGUGGAUGAAGAGAAGGCUGCACUGAGCCGCAAGGUCGGUGAACUGGAAGCCCAGAUCCUGGAGCUGGGUGCCCAGCAGCAGCAGGGAGUGGCAGCAGAGGCACUGAAAACCCAGCUGCAGGAGCUGGAGGGCAAACUAAAGGAGAGCCAACAGAGGCUGGCUGAGAGGGAGAAGCUGGCCCGGGAGAACAGCCGCUUGCAGGAGCAGCUGCUCUUCCUGGAGGAAUCCCUGCGGAACACUGAGGGUAUAUUGGAGGAUGAGAAGAGACGGGCAGCCGAGUGCCUGGAAGGCAACCUGGCCAGGAUUGCUGAGCUGGAGGCAGAGAGACAGCAGCUGGUUCAGGGCCGGGAGCUAGCUCUUCCAGGGCAGGGCGAGGAGCUGGCCACACGCCAGUUGCCAGAGGAGAGCCAGGAGCAGCCCGUGGGAGCCUCUCCCGCUGCCCGAGGGGAGGACGAAGAGUGCAGGCGGCUGAAGGAGGAAAUACAGGCGCUGAGCCGAGAGCACAGCCAGACCUGUCAGCAGCUGCAGGCUGAGCAGGAGAAGGUGGAAGCCCAGGCAGAACGGCUGGCUAGCCUCCAGGCUGACUUGUCCAGCACUCAGUCAUGGGCAAAGGAGAAGGAGAGUGAGGAGCAGAGGCUGAGGGCUGAGAUUUCAUCCCUGCAGGAGAAGAUGGCUGUGGCAGAGCAAACAGCAGCCCAGCGUGUGGCCAGGCUGGAGGCGGAUGCCCAAAGAACUGCUGAGACACUGGAGGGAGUCUCCCAGCAACUGUCCCAGGAGAAGCUCAAGUCCAAGGAGUUGGAAGGCACCGUGGAUCAGCUGCGGAUUGCAGAGAAGGAGCUGGUGUCCCUCCGCUCUGCCAUGCAGGAGAAGGAGAGCUGGAAGGAACAAGUGUCCCAGUGUGUCCAGGAGAUGGAGAGGAAGAACAGCCUGAUCAGCAGCCUGGAGCAUGAAGUCUCCAUCCUCCAUCACCAGGUGACAGAGAAGGAAGGGGAGAGCAAGGAGCUGAAACGCCUGAUCUUGGCUGAGUCAGAGAAGAGCAAGAAGCUGGAGGAGAGGCUGCGAGUGCUGCAGACAGAGAUGGCCACCGCAGCCUCCCGUGCAGCUGAGAGGUGCUCAUUGAUGAAGGUGGAGGUGCAGCGGUGCCAGGAAGAGAUGGAGAAGCAGCGGAUGACCAUUGAGGCCCUGAAGAGGGACCGCCAUUGCCAGAGCGAGCGGGAGGAUGAGCUGCGGCAGGAGGCAAAGGUCUGCCAGGACAAGUGCUUACAGAAGGAGCAGCUCCUGGCUGCUCUGCAGCAGGAGCUCGACAGCGCUCGGGCCAAGCAUGCCUCCCUAGAAAGCCAGCACCACCAGGACCUGGAGCAGAGAGCAAAAGCUGUGUCCACGCUACAAGCCGAGCUGGCGCAGGCCAAGCUGGAGGUGGCCGAGGUGCCGUCACUGCGGGAGCAGUUGGCAGAAAAGGACCGGGCCAUUCAGCAGCUGCAGGCUGAUGCAGCAGAGGCUGGGACACAGCUGGCAGGGCUGCAACAGGCCAAUGCUCGGCUGGCUGAGGAGAACCAGGGGCUCAGCAAGAGCCGCAGCCAAGGGCAGCGGCAGCUUGAGGCAGAACUGGGCCAGGCCAGGGAGCGGCACAUGCAGGAGCUGGAGCAGUUGCGGGCAGCAUCUGAGAAGCUGGUGACCAGCAGCAGGCAGGAGGCUAAGGAGGCAGUACAGAAGCUGGAGAAUCUGAGUAAGGAGUAUGAGAGCAGCAAAGCAGCAGCCUUGGAAGAGAGGAAGAAAAUCCUGGAAGAGAGGAAGAAAUUCCUGGAAGAGAGGAAGAAACUCCUGGAAGAGAGGAAGAAACUCCUGGAAGAGAAGCAGAGACUGACAAGUCAGGUGGAGCAGUUGGAGAUAAUCCAGAAGGACCAAACUAAGCAGGUGGAUGAGCUGAAUAAAAAGCUGACUCAGCAUGAGAAGGCCACCCGGACCCAGCAGCAGAGAGUUAAAGCACUCGAAGGGGAGCUGCAGGCAGCGGUCACAAGCCAUCAGGAGAAGAUGGCAGAGCUGCAGGUGCAGCUCACCCAGAAGGAGCAGGCAGCUGAGCACUACAAAGGGCAGAUGGAGAAGGCAAAAAGUCAUUAUGAUGCCAAGAAGCAGCAGAACCAGGAGCUAUCAGAGAAGCUGAAGGCCAUGGAGCACCUGCAGAAAGAGAACACGGAGCUUCGGAGCAAAUCGGAGAGGCUGGCCAAGGAGCUACAGCAGAGCAUCCUGCAGGCCAAGGAGUCUGAGAUGAGCUGCAAGAAUCUUACCAGCCAGAUCCACAGCCUGGAAGCUCAGAAACAGGCAGAGUCUGAGGAACUGGUCUGCAUCAAGAACAUCCCAUUGGCUCAGUCCACAAAAACAUCUUCCCCUGCUAAGGGCCGCCUGCACUCAGGUGCCUCCACCCGUUCCCUCACCAGCUUCUGCUCCCAGGAAACUCUUGAAAAGCUGGAAGUCUCCUCUGCAGAGACGACCCCUGGCACUUCAGGCCUCCCUGGGUACCGACCAGCCACCCGUAGCUCCCUGCGCUUGCAGCAGACCAGCAGCUCCAGCCUCGGCCAGAGCACCACGAAGCUGGGCAUGUGCCAGGAUGAGCCGGAGCAACUGGAUGACUGGAACCGCAUUGCAGAGCUGCAGCGGAGGAACCAGGCCUGCCCCCCCCACCUGAAGACCAGCUACCCCCUAGAGAGCAUGCCCUCCACCUCCUCUGGAACCAUCACGGAUGAGGAUGUGAAGAUGGGGGACCCAGAAGAGACGCUGCAACGUGGCAGCGGGCAGCCCUCCCAGGCCAUCUCCACCGGCAGCCAGCGCAGCACCCAGGCCCCCAGCAGCAUCACUACCCGGCAGAGGAAGCGCCUCUCGGAGGAGAGCCACCAGAGCCCUGACACCCCCCCGUCCAAGAAGCGAUCCAGGUGCCCACUGCCCCAGACCACCCAAGACCGCAGUGCACAGAGUGGCUCCCAAGUCAGUCAAGACAGUGAGCAGCCAGGCCCAGCCACACCAGCUCAGAGACGCCAGUCGGUGGCUUUCAGCAUCAACAGCCCCAGGGUGCUGAGGAGGCACCUGCUGCGCCGGGCAGUGGCCCAGAGGGGCACUCCCACAUCCUCCAGCGGCACCCGCCAUUCAUCCCGCAUCGCCACCGCCAAGUCCCCAAAGGGCAAGGCCAGUCGCCAGUCGCGCAAGGACAGGCAAUCCUGAGGUUUCCCCAGUCCCUGGCAUUGCUGGCUCUGCCCUGGACCCCCACCUGCACCCCCUCACCUCUUCCUGUCCCCCCAUGGCCCAGGAGCACUGAGGGUGAACAGGUGGGACCACCCACACGACUGCCUUGCAUAUCCCACUGACAACUGUAGGGAUGCCCUGGGCAUGGCAAGGCCCCCUUGCCCUUCCUGUACCCAUUGUCAUCCCAAACCCUUCUGGGACCCAAGGCAAGGGGAUGCACAGAGGUUGUGGGCUGGAAACACACAGGAGUGCAGAGGAGGAGCUGAGCUGUUCCCAGGGAUAUUCUGCAGCCCCAGGUACAGGGACAGAGGUGAAACUUAGCAUCCCUCGUGCCACUACCCUUGCUCCCUGUGUGUGGGACCCCCCCACACCUGCCCUGUCCUCCUGCUCCUCCCAGGGAAGCUGAGGCAGCAUUUUUAAAUGUUUCUACUUGUAAAUAAAGUGUAUUUUUCACCUGA